GGACGCGGCAGCUGUUUGUGCAAAGCCUCUACGAAGCAGCCUUCAUUGAUCAGUCUAUGCUCCUCAACACAAGAUUUGACCUUCCCAAGCUCAAACACGAAAAGUAUGUCCACACUAAUAGACUUAAUCUUUAAGUAAUUUGUGUUUGUAACUCCAAAGUGUAACAGAGGUCCCGCCAAAUACCAAACAGUAGGCCUAUGAUUUCAAGAAAAGUGUUGUCUUUUUUGACAGGGAGAAGGAAAUGAUGACCAUCUACAUGUGUGCGACCAUGUGGCAUGAGAACCUUGAUGAGAUGAUGAAAAUGCUUAUCUCAAUGUUCAGGAUGGAUCAAUUCAGGCCCAAGAGAAAUGAAUUCAAAGAUGUGAGUUUCGAGUCUCACAUUUACUUCGAUGAUGCUUUUCAAGAUGGAGAAGAUGGAGAACAUGGAGAAGUUGGAGAAGAUGGAACAAUUGUGAAGAAGCGUUUCGUGAAUGAAUAUGCAGAAACCUUAGUGGAAGUGAUCAGAGAAGUAUACAUGUAA